UAAAGUGCCCUGCAAAGAGUCUCUACUCCGCGAGACGUACGCAACCGUGCGAUCAAAACGGUAUGAGCCUUUGCGGCCACGGCGCAUGGCUUGCCAUGUUAGGGCUGUGGAUCCCGCCGGUCCUGAUUGGGACCUGGCGCCGGUACCACCACCAGCUUCAACCCCGAUGGACCGUGCCGUGUAAUGCUACCUACCUGCGCUCGGCAAGUGAGGAGAUCCUACGAUCCUCGCGCACCCCAUUAUAUCAUGAUAUCGCAUUUGUGCGCAAACCUUUAUUUAGAACGGAGGGCGCUCACGGUCGCUGGCAUCCUUAUAGCGAUCCGUGGCGCUUGGUCACUGGUCGCCGUCCGUUUCGAAUCUUCCAAGCCUAACUCCAUGUAAUAUUCAACGUUGCUAUGAUGCAUAGUUCAAAUUCACGUGCUCCACACGAUUGCAGUGAUA